UCUCGUAGAUCUUCAUCAUCAUAGCACUAACGAAUUCCUGUUUUGAUUCCACAACUUAUUGUUUUAUAGUACCAAGAGUUUUUCUUCUCAUAUCAUGAGGAAACCGCAGAGAUAUAGAGGUGUGAGACAACGUCACUGGGGCUCCUGGGUCUCUGAGAUUCGCCAUCCAAAUUUGAAAACGAGAGUAUGGUUGGGAACAUUUGAGACGGCAGACGAUGCAGCUCGGGCAUAUGAUGAGGCUGCAAUCAUAAUGUGUGGAGCUCGAGCAAAGACCAACUUUGCAUAUAAUCCACAACCAUCAUCUUCUCUUCUCUCUGCAGCGCUGAGGGCCAAGCUUCGAGGGAUUUAUGUGGCUUCCCUAAUGCAGGAUCAAUCAUCUUCUCUCACCUGCCUUCGAUUGGACACAGACAAGUCUAAUCUGGGAAUAUGGCAGAAAAAGGGUGGAAAACAUUCCCAAUCCCAAUGGGUUAUGACUGUUCAAUUGGGCUCUACUCCACCACUUCCUUCUCCCCCUCCUCUUCCUCCUCCUUCCCUUCCUCCUCCCCAUCCUCCUAGUCCAUCAAAUCCUCCAAAAGAUGCAGUGUUGAAUGAGGAAGAUAUUGCAUUGGAAAUGAUAGAGGAGCUUCUGGAUCAUCCCACUUGUCUUGAAUUCUCUUCUUCUUUUUCUUCCUAGUGAAUUCCCACAGAAAUGUAACACCCUCAGGAAAAUCUGGUUUUAAUAUUCGAUGGUUGAUGAGAGUCUAUUGUGAGCUUGGCCAUCCAGAC